AUGUCAUGUACCAGAGAUGAUAUAGCAUCUAAAAUAUCAGAAAACAUUCCUUUUGAUAGAAUUUUAUACGAAAUUCGUGAUAAUAUUGCCAACAAUCAUUUAGAAAGAACUCAUUUGGUAACUAAAAAAGAUUUAUAUAAUCUCAAUAAUAAGGCAGUACAUCAUUCUAAUGAUGUUACAAGUGUUGGAGCAUGGGUUGAAAAAUUAAAAUCUGAUGACAAAUUAAGCCUUGUUCAUUACAAGUCAGAAACAUAA